UGAGUGGGAGUGUCGGCCGCCAUGACAGCGACCUCGACCUGCUGGUGCGGGAGGGGGAGGCAGUGUCCACGAGGCUCCGAAACCUCCUCACGCACAACUUAGGCUCCUCGACCUCGCCCUCAGACUGCGAAGAGCGCGUCGACGGAUUCUGCCAGACACCAUUCCCUAGAGCGCCGGGCGGAGGCUGCCGACGAGUCCUCCCGCCUGAGCCGCGGUGACCUGACCUUCGAGGACACGCGGACGCCCAGGGACACCCAGCAGCCCCGCGCCAGGUCACUCACAGACGUUCACAGAGGCUCUCGUAGCCAAGCCACACUUCCCCUGAGGCCCACAGGCACGACCAGCACCCCUCUGAAGCCGCCCCUGGCCCCGAGCGGAGGGGCUUCGCGCGUGCGUCGUGACCUGUUCCCCGCCAGCAGCGCCGCCACCACCACCCCGCUCGCCGUGUCCCACCUCGCGCACGCGCACUCCGACGCCAUGGACGACCCGGAGAUGUACCGCCUCGAGGAGGAAACACGCUACCUGCAGGCCGAGGUCAAGCGGUUGGAGGAGAGUCUGGCCACUUCGCGAGCUGAGCGCGACACGGUCUCCAUUCAGUACAAUGCCCUGUCCGACCAUGUUGCGGACGAGUGGCAAGAGUACCACAAGAGACUCGAGUACUUCCAUGAGGUUCACAGAAAACAGACGACUCUCAUAGACCGGUUAGCGAACAAGGUCCGCGAAUACCGAGGGCGCUGCCGUGAGCUCGAAAGCCGCAGUUCCGAGAGCAUGAGGAUCCGCGAGAGCACCGAGCGAGAACUCGAGACGCUCAACCUCGCCCUCACCACAGCGGAGGAGAAGCUGAGAGCGUCCGAGGCCCAGCACACCUUCGACCUGGAGACGGCGCUGGUGAAGCUGGAGGAUGAACAGCAUAGAUGUGAAACCCUUGGAGUACAGAUGACCAGCUUGCAGGAGCAGCUUGCGAAAGCAGAAUCCGCCCUCACCCAGAUGACCGACGAGAGAGACAAAGCCCAGAUAGCUCUCAAGCGCUUGACGGAUGAAGUUAAGGCUAAGGAAGAGCAGUGGACUGCAGAGUCUCAGCAAUUUAAUAACUACUACAUAUCAGAGCACAAAAACCUAUUAGACCUCUGGCGCGAGAUCGGAUCCAUCAAGCGCACCUUCUCCGAGGUGAAACACCUGACUUCCCGUGACCUGACUGACCUUCGAGGUGACCUAGACCGUUAUUCACAUCUUUUGUCGUCUGCCUGCCAAUCAGCUCAAGCCAACAUGAGUUACAUACCAACUGGCGAUAAGGAUGAGUAUGUGGUUGCGAACCCCUCUGAUCUGUGGGGGCGCAUCCAAGAAUGUGAAAAAUCACAGAUGCGGGCAGAGGCUGAGAAGAAUAACCUCAAGGAAAAAAUUAAUGAUCUCAACUCUAGACUCAGCGAGCUCAACAACAGCUUGCGAGACAAAGAGAGAACGAUUCAGGACCUUAACAAAAAACUUGAAGAAGGGAUGACAGAAGCGGAGAUUCAGGAGACACUGAGGGAGAAGGUGCGCACAUUGGAAUCGUAUAUGGUGGACAUUGCACAGACCGUAAUUAAGGAUUCAGAGCAGAGUUCUGGUGAUGUGGACGGCAAGACGCCCUCUGCAUUCAGAAUUGUGCGUGACUCAGAACAAGGCGUAGCGCCAGACCUACCCCAGAGCACUGUUUCUGCUGUACGAACAGCCCUCUCAAAUAGACAUGUACAAAUCCACGAGUUACAGCUGAAGCUAACUUCCACCAAGGAUCAGCUUGCAUCCUUGAAGAAGCAGUAUGAGGCGACUGAAGAUUCUCAACGGACCCUUGAGGCCACCAUUGCAGAACUCCGUGACGAGCUGGAGUCAGUGCAUAGACAGAAAGAAGAGAUUGGAAGGGAGAAGGAACGACUCACAGAAGACUUGGAUGCAGCUGUGGCAGAGAAGAGUUCCCUUGAGAAAGCUAAGCAGACUCUCAAAGCCCAGUUGCAAAAUGCUGAAGAAGAAACAGAACGCAGAAGCAAGCAGGUUGCCGAACUGGAAAAGGAGAAAGCGGCUUUGGGUGAAGAACGAGCUUACCUCAACAGUAAGCUUGGGAAGGAAAAAGAGGAAGUGCAGAAGCAUGUUCAUACCAUCACUGUCCUCAACUCUGAGCUGGCCAGUGUUCAACAACAGGUAACUAUUCUAUCUGAAACCUUGGGGAAGGUCCGAGCUGCUGAAGAACGAUUAGACCAGGAAAGAGAUGACCUGAAGGACCAGAUUCGAGCCAUGGAGCGGCAGCGGGCUGACCUUGAGGCUAAGCUGGCACAUUCCUUACGUCAGGAGACUGACCUAAGGGAUGCCUUGGAGAAGGUCGAGUCUUACAAUAUCAACUUAGGCCAAGACAAGUCCCAGCUGGUAUCUAAGAUCACUUCCUUGGAGACUGAAAGAGCAGCAUUAGGCACAGAGCGAGCAGAACUGCGGGCAGAAGUGGAGCGACUCAAAGACGAUCUGGAGGCUCUGGAGGAGGAACGAUCUAGUCAUGAGACUACCAUAACCACUCUCAAUGAAAAGAUCAAUCUUCUUAAUGUGGACAAGGAGAAAAUUGAAUUAGAAUUGAAUGACAUCAUAUCUGAACGAAAUGAGCUACACGGACAGCUGACAUCCUUAGAAAGAGUUAAAACAAAUCUGGAGAGUGAACUCACCACUGUUACAAAUACAUUAGCAGAGAAAGUCAAACUUAUUGAACGUCUCAAUUCAGAUAAGGAAGGAUUGACCAAGGAGAAUGCAGAAAUGGAGGUAAAGCUUACAGGAGCAGAGAAGGAACUGGCAGCUUUGCGUGAAUCUUUAGCUACUCUAAAGGCAGAAAAGCAGAGUCUUGAGAGCUUUGCCACUUCCUUAGAGAAGAAGUGGUCAAACAACGAGGCUCGGCGAACACAGCUAGAGAAAGAGAAUCAGCAGUUGACGACAGACAAAGAGCGUCUCAGUACUCAGAUGAACAAACUCCAGCGUGAGCUUGAGGGCGAAUUGUCUAAGUUACGAGAAGCUCGCACUGCCUUAGAACGUCGUUUAGAUGAAAAGGAAACUGAACACAAGAAGUCCAUCAUGCAUAUGAAGGACCAGCAUGAGGAGACCAUCGACUGCUUACGCAAAGAGAAGAACAAUCUACAGUCAGAGUUGGAAGACAAACUGAACUCGACCAUCCACUCUAUGAAGAUGGAGAGAGAUGAGCUCGAACUCAAGAAGGACCAAGAGAUAUCAAACCUGAAGCGAUUUACCGAGAAACUUCAGCGGGAGAGAGACGAUUCAACUCUCCGCUUUGAGGAAGAGAAGCAUAGGUCAAUGAUGAUAGCUAAACAAGAAAUCUCCAGCUUAGAAGAAAAGGUCGCUGUCCUGCAACGAGAUCUGUCAAGCUAUGAAAACCAACUAGAGCAACUUCGUCGCGAGGGUUCCACCAAGGCUGAAGCAGGCCGAGCAAGUGAAGGGGCCCUGCACACCCAGAUUGUUAGGCUCAAGGAGGAAUUACACUCAUCCAGUCAGCAAUUUGAAAAGCAGCUCAAAGACGAGAAAGACUCAUAUGAGCGCAGAAUACGAGAGCUCCAGAGCCGUCUAGAUGAAUCCAGAAGAGAUCAUGAGGUGGAAAUCACCUCUAUCAAGACAGACUUAAGACUGGCUCGAGAGGAUGCUUGUAGACUUCAGCAGGAUUUGGAGGAUGCAGAAGAGAAACUCAAAGAGGCGGAAGACACCCGGGUAACACUAAAGAAAGAGGUAACAAGACUGAACGAGGGAAUGCGAACAAGCGAAGAGCGGCACUCAAGUGACCUGCAAUCUUUCAUCAAGAAAUCAGACAAUGAGAAGAGAGAUUUGCAGAAGCGCAUAGAUGAUAAAGACAGCAAGCUGAGCACCCUAGAAGUUUCUGAAGCCAAGCAUGCAGACUUAAUAGCCCGCAUGACAACACAGCUUCGGGAACUCAGCGCUACCAAGCAGGAUGCCAACAGGGAGGUUUCUGACCUCAAGAAGAAGCUUCAGCUGUUGGAGACCGAGGGUAUGGGCAAGUCACAGGAGUUGGAAAACCUCCGUCUCCGCCUCACGCAAGAGGAAGAUCGUCAUAGUGAAAGUAGGAAGGAGGUCAGCAAGUUGAAGACCAAGCUGGCAGAGUAUGAGAGAGACCGAGACAACCUGCAGACGGAGUUGGCUCUUCUUGAACGCAGACUGACGGAGCUUGAGGAUCAUCAUGCCGCCAAGGAACAGGAACUUGCCUCAAGUCUUGAGGAGUCUCGUGCUAAUGAGCGCAAGCUAAAUGAUGAGAAGAAGAACCUUGAAAAUUACCUUAAUAAUGCCAACCAACAAAUUAGUGAUCUCAAGGUGAAAUUAUCGAGAGAGGAAGGACAUGUUGAAGCCCUAGAACAACAACUAACCACACUCGACAAUAACAGGGACCAGCUCGAGAGGAAAUUACAAAAUGUGUACACGUCAUUACGAACUGUCACCCGCAUGUACCAGGACACCUCACCAGCAUCACCUGCAUUAAGGAGCAGGAAGGGCACCAAGAUUGGUUUCGAACUGUCUGGUAGCCAGAGUGAUCUACAUGCAUCCAUUGAAGCUUUUGGAUCAUCUGAAAAGGUCAACGUUGCUGACAUUGACCCAGAGACUGUUCGCCAUGAGUUGCGAGCUCUCAUGACACAGAUGAACCAAGUAGAACUGGAAAGGGAUGACGCCAUGGCUCGUGUUUCGAGUCUUGAACGUCAGCUUUCCGAGCUUCAGGAGUCUCACCACAAGUCGGAGGCAAGACUAAGAGACGUUACUCGCACCCUCUCAGAGUUAGAGGAGAAGAAGCGCUAUGCAGAUGACAAACUUAAUAAGUCCUUGUCAAAUGCCAGCCAGCAGGAGGACGCUCUUCGACGCAAGGAGAGUGAGAUCCGCACCCUGAAUGAGGAGCUGAGCAACACAAGGCGUAAGGUCUCUGACCUGGAGCAUGACAGGAGCACUCUGGAUGACCGUGUACAGAAACUGAAAAGUGCAGUUGGUCGACUGGAAAUUGAAAAUGCAGACAUUAAGGAAAAGCUAAGAGCUGCAGAACAACGAGGAACUCUCCUUGAGGACUCAAAGACAAGACUAGAGGCAGAUCUCAGUUCUUCUAAGAAGGCUAUCAAUGAGAAGCAGAUGGAAAUUGAGAACCUUCACUCAACUCGAGAGAACAGCAGCAGAAUGAUGCGUUCCAUUGAAGAUCAGAAUGCGAUCCUCAAAAGUAAAGUGGAAGACCUGAAGACAAGAAUGGCAAUCGUAUCCAACUCGGAAUCUGAACUCAAGGAUAAACUCUCGGCUAUCAAUCGAUCUCUGAAGGAGACUGUGGCUUCAUCGGGCAGCAUGCAGGAAGAACUCAGUCGGUCUCAGAGCCAGCUGGCGAGAAGCGAUGCUGAACGCCGACAACUGGAGGAGCGCGUAGCAGACCUGCAGAGUGCCGUGGGUGAACUGAAGAGGCAGAAGGAUCAGCUGACGGAAUACAAGAGCAAGGCUCAACAAGAUCUUUCCAAUGCUGAGAUAAAGAAUGCGGAGCUGGAGAUGAAAAUGAAGUCUCUGAAAGGGAACCUUGGCGAGCGAUCAUCUGCAACAGAUGAGCUCAUCUCAAAGGUGACUCGAUUAGAGCAAGAAAAAUCAGAUCUCCGUUCACAUCUUGCAGAAUUAGAGAGGAAGUUAGCUGUGAGUGAAGCUGAAAAACAUGACCUUGAAAAGUCUGAUUAUAGAUUUGACAAGGAUAAGUCUGACCUUAAGAAGAUCUUGGAUAAGUAUGAAGACCGACGCGACCGACGCUCAGAAGGUUUGGGUGGCAUGGAGGACUCAAACAUCAGUGCCUUGCGGAUUGAGAACCUAGAACUGCGACGGAAAAUUGAUGACUUGGAAACACUGAAGACAGAGUUGCAGCAAAAACACCUGAAGGAAACAUUAGAAAUGAGCAGUGAUCACAGACGGGAACGUCAAGUAGACAGUGAAAAAAUCCGUCGCUUAACUAACCAGCUGGAGGUCCUGCGGCAGGAGAAGGAGCGCUGCGAAUUGAGGAUCCAUUCCCUGGAACAGCAGAUUGCUCAAUACCGCGACCAAAUACGAGAGUACCGCAACCGUAGCUCGGCCGUGGCUGCAGAUGUGCGCAGAGUGCGAAUGUCAAUGACUGAGUCCCUCCAUAAUAUUGGCACUCAUCCAAGGGUGUCAACAGGGGUGGUAGAUUCAGAAAUUAAGCGGACUCAUGACCGACUACCGCCUUCAUUGCGUAGUCAGUUCCGCGUGAUGGGGGGUUCACGUCGCCACCUCUUGGCCCCUUCUACCUCCUCACACUUACAUCAGCGCUAUGGUUCCCCACGCUAACCUCUCGUCGGUCCAAGGAAGGUCGCCACGGCCAUCACGCCCGCGUCGCUAUGCGUCGGCUUCGCCAGGAAGGCGCUCUGACCAGCCGAGGAAAACACUAACUUUCACAUGAACUGCUAAGACAGUGUUGUGAAAAUGUUAUCUUCUUUGUUCAGGAGUUCGCUCAAACUUCUCUCAAGACUGAUCUCAAUGUACUGUUCUGUAUGUUGCUCCACCAUUAGUCUUCAGUGAGACCAGACCUGAUGCCAGCACAAGGAAUUACUCGUUCAGAUUGUCUUGGAAGUUGGAUUUUGAAGACUUGUAUUCCUAAGCCAGUUUUUGGUUUGGGUUCCUUCUCACAGAGAAGUCUUUGUUUGUAACCUUCAUUCUGUAACAUUUUACUCUAUUGUUGAGUAAGAUAAUAGCAGCUUGAAGGUCUGAAAUUACUGCCAGUACUUGUACUUUUGGAGGAUUUACUGAACUGCUAUGAACACUGCCACAAAAUAUUUCUUAUAGUGCUCAUGAUUCCUGUAAAUGACUAUUUAGGGCUGAGGCUUAAUACUUAGAACAGUGUUGUGGAUUGUUGAUAUGACCGUGUUCGUUGCUGUAAGUUGGAAGCAAUGGGAUCAUUUUGAUAUAUAAAUGCACUAGUUUGGUGCUCUGAAUAAGUGGUGAAUAUUUUCAAGUACAUUUAUAGAAUAUAAACAUUUAAAAAUGAACAAUAUGUAGUUGACCAUUGUAUUAUAAGCUUAUAUUGUUUACAGUACAAACCAGAGAGUGGAUCAAGGUUCUAUUUCUAGUCAAAUGACACUCAAGACUGAUUUAAUACUGCUGAUGAUUCCUGGCAGACCAAGUUAUACUGAGUUAGAUGGUUUACUUCGGGAAAAUCCACCGUGUCCCAGUUAAAUUUGAGUAUUAAAAAUUGUCCUACCAGUGUAACUGUUACUUGUUAUUUAAGGUCUACUUAAAGAUACAAAAUUCUAUUGCACAUUCCUAGACAUGAAUCAUACAGUUAGCUGUAGGAGCACCCAACACGUCCAUUAGGUGUGCCUUCAUUUGUUUAAAACUUAGUCUUAAGAUUGAUGGUUAAAUGUUGUAAAGUUUAAAACAGUUACCACAUUUUGUUUUGUUGCACCAACACCUUUUGUUAUGUACACAAACAACACAAGUCACACAUGAGCAGAUCUUAGGAAUCAGGUUUUAUAUUAUCAUUAUAAAUUCUUUGAGAAAAGAGAUAUCAUUAGAUUUAGAAGAGUAGGCUGCUGUUCAAAAAAAGAUAUUCCAUUAGCUUUAGUUGUAAAAUAUUUGUUAUUUUUUUCCUAUUUUAUGAUAUUUACUAGUUUCUCAUAUUUAAUUAGGUGAUUUAGAUAUAUCUAUGUUCUGUAGCAUUUUGUACAAUGUUACUUUCUUAUUGAUCUACCUGUAGAUCAGCAAGUGAAGUUUUAGACGCAGGUCACCAAGUGUAUGCUCAGUCCAAAUGUAUAGCACAAAAUCACGAAUGUAUUGGGACUUCACCUAUUCUUUAUUGCAAGAAAGGCAAAUGACAGUCCCAUAUAUCACCUUGGCCACACCCCCAUGGUUGACGUACUGUCAUAAGCAUAACACUUGAUAUAUAUAUACAUGUAUGUAUUUUUUUUUUUCUUUGUAAAGAAUAUGUAUACUAUUUAAAUGACAUCAUUCAUCAACAGUUUUGGUAUUGAUCAUCCUGACUGGAACAAUAUGGGAUCAAGUGACUGCCUCAGAAACCUUAGCCUUUAAUUUUGGGUAACUGUCAUUUCUAUUAUCAAUAAAUAUAGCAAACUUUGCAUGUCAUGUAGACAUAGAUAAAUAUAAGAAAAAGUCAAGUGAA